CAGCGCCAAACGCAAACAAACAAAUUCUCUCUCUCUCCUCGCACUGCGACAAUGUCCGGUGAUUGAUUAGUAGCAGCAGCAGUAGUCCUCUUUCUUUCUCUCUCUCUCUCUCUCUCUCUCUCUCUCUCCUGAAACCCGGAAGCCGCGUCGAUCUCCUUUCGCUUCCCUCCAGGAGCUAUAUAGACAUGCAGGAUGAACCGGUUAACAUCAGCGAGUUCCAACAACUGGCCAAGCAAGCUCUUCCGAAGAUGUACUACGAUUAUUUUAACGGCGGAGCAGAGGAUGAACAUACCUUGAGGGAGAAUACUGCAGCAUUCGGAAGGAUUCUGUUGCGCCCGAGAAUCCUCGUAGACGUUAGCGAAAUCGACAUGUCGACGACCUUACUGGGCUAUAACAUGUCCUCACCCAUCCUGGUUGCGCCGACCGGGAUGCAGAAGUUGGCGCACCCCGAAGGCGAGAAGGCGACGGCGAGAGCUGCUGCGGCAUGUGAUGCUAUUAUGGUGCUUUCCUUUUCAUCCAAUUACACCGUAGAGGAGGUUGCUUCUAGUUGCAGUGCCGUUCGCUUCUUUCAGUUGUAUGUAUUCAAAAGACGAGAUGUUUCGGCUACGUUGGUGCGGAGAGCCGAGAAGAAUGGCUUCAAGGCUAUUGUAUUGACAGUUGACACCCCCAGGCUGGGCCGGCGGGAGGCGGAUAUCAGAAACAAGAUGGUUCCACCGAAGAUGUCAAACCUUGAAGGUUUAUUGUCGGUGGAUGUUGAUGCUAAAGGUGGUUCUGAUCUUGAAGCAUUUGCAUCUCAAACAUUGGACCCUUCUUUGAGUUGGAAGGACAUAGAAUGGCUAAGAUCUAUAACCAACUUGCCUAUUUUGUUAAAGGGUAUUAUCACUGCUGAAGAUGCCAAAAAGGCAGUGGAAAUAGGAGUAUCCGGUAUAGUGGUAUCCAACCACGGUGCUCGCCAGCUUGAUUAUACGCCAGCUACAAUAUCUGUUCUUGAAGAGGUUGUAAAAGCUGUAUCAGGAGCUGUUCCUGUUUUACUUGACGGGGGAAUCCGGCGUGGAACCGACGUAUUCAAGGCACUAGCACUUGGUGCCAAUGCUGUUAUGGUUGGCAGGCCCAUUGUCUAUGGAUUGGCGGCGAAGGGAGAAUACGGUGUUAAGCGGGUGAUCAAAAUGCUUCAGAAUGAGCUAGAACUAACCAUGGCGCUCUGCGGUUGCCCUAGGAUAAAGGACAUCUCCAGGAAUCAUGUGCACACUGAAGGGGACAGGAUUAAGUCGCUUAUGUGAUCAACUGUGCUUUCUAUAAAUAAAGGCUCAUCGCCUCCAAAUAAUAGUAAUGAUAAUAAUCAUAAUAACAAUAAACGUAUGAUAGACACGAGCUAUUUUACUUGAGAGUAUUUAUGUUCAGUUGUCUAGUUGAUUAUCACAGUUGUUGUGUGUGUUAAAGGAGAUAAAUGUAUUGAAGAUAUAUGUAAUAAUACCUUCAAAUUAAUACCAUUAGUAUUUUUCAAUGUGUUA